AUUAAACCGUCCAUCCAGUUUCCGAACGAAGUCAUCAUUCGACGUACGCGUACACAAGAAAGUUUUUGUUGUAUUUUCACUUCCAAUAGCGAAAUUGUGUAUUACAGAACGAUAUCGUCAUCAAAACAUUAUUGCUUUAUUCAUAAAGAGUUCAUUUUAAAGCAAAGCUUUAAUUAAGUGUCAUUAAUAUUGUAACAAUUAAGAUCAUUCGAUCUCGGUCAGAAAGUUACAUCCCAUCCUAAGUUGGAAAGUCUCAGCAAGGCCGUUUCAUACAGCUUUUCUAACGUGGGACCGAUCGAGAAACCCGCACAAUGGCGUAAACGCAAAUUAGAAAAUCGCUAAACAAUUGGCGCGCAAAAACUCCGCCAUCUUGUGGAGUAAAAUGUGACGUAACGCCAUCUAGUGGCUGAUUGGUGAACUUAGUGAAAGUGGUCAAGAUGAAGUUGAACUUGUUCAAGCGGUCGAUGAUUUUCGCGACAUUUUUUGGGUCGUGUUUGUGUAUAGCGUUGAUAGUGGCAUCUUUGGGUACUACGCAUUGGAUAGAUGCAAGGGCGAGGAGGACUUCGAAUCCCUUGGAUUCUGAGGGCAGGAUCAGCUUUGGGCUGUUUGAGGGGCAUAAGGAGCUCAACUUCGGUUAUGGGUGGAGGAGUCAUAAUUUUAGUGUAAAAGCGGGCACCCACCCGGCACGGCGCUGGGCUUGGAUGGGCACAGCGGCUCAGCUAGCGGCAGCACUAGUAUCAUGUGGCGGAGCCUGCGUACUGGCCGCCUUAGGGUCUGCGGCCCGCACGCGGGCCAUGCCGCGCCCGCUCAUCAUCAGCAACUCGCUGGCAGUACUCUUCACCCUCGGCGCUAUUGCAGUAUGGCUGACGGAGUACUAUCUACGGUUGCAGCACAACGUGAUGUCAGACGAGGACCUGGCCAACACCUGGAGCUCUGACGGCACAGCUGACCUGGGGUUGUCCUUCUGGCUCGUGGUCGCCGCGUCCAUAUCGGCGUUUGUGAACAACGUGUGCAUCAUGGUCGCCAUGGCCGACGAGCGAGACGCAGAUACCAUCGCUCCCGCUCUAGAGGAGAAGGUCAACGGGGCCAUCAUGCUAUAUUAACCCGCAGGUGUCAACUGCUGAGAGAAAUGAACAGGAACCAAUCCGUCGGUUGAAACCACACAAAUAAUGUUGGUAUACAAAACGUUUGCUUUAAAAUGAUCACUAAAACUAGCUCAAAACAUCUAAUUCCAUUAAUGUAAGCCGUUUGUU